AAGCGUACAGGCUGACAGGGUUUAGCUGGAUUAUCUAAGACAGUCCGAGUAAAACACCAACAAAAGCUCCAAAUCUGACUGGAGACUCAAUUGUACGCAGCAAAAACCAUCAUGACCAGAGAAUAAAACCGUCGUUGGUUCUGAGUUAUGGCCGUCGUCCAAUUCUCUCCUCUUAAACUUCUUAGUGAUCACGUAUACCGGGAUUUAAUUUAAUCUUAUCUUUUUCCCUUUCAAUUGAUUCCAAUCAACACAACACAAAUGGCGCAUUGCAUGUUCAGAUCACGUGCCCUAUUGCCAUGCAGGGUCAUGCAAUCAAAUGCUAGUAUUUUAUUCGCAUCCACGAAACCAUUGCCGUCGCUAUGGCAGAGGCAAAGACCACAACAACAGAGAUGGAGUUCCCACUCGCCUCUGGGCAUAAUGUCGGGUCCUCCGAGGAAAAAAGUGACGGUGGCGAGUAUUCAGUCUUUGUAUGAAAAGGAGGAACCAAUCACAGUGAUGACUGCGCAUGAUUUCCCCAGUGCGCAUGUCGCCGACGCCGCAGGAAUGGACAUCAUACUAGUUGGUGACAGCUUGGCGAUGGUCGCAUUGGGUAUGGAAGAUACCAGUGAAGUGACAGUGGACGAUAUGCUUCUGCACUGCCGAUCAGUGGCGCGUGCCACCAGAUCAGCCUUCACAGUCGGAGAUCUCCCCAUGGGAUCAUAUGAAAUCUCACCGGAACAAGCCCUAAAAACGGCUAUACGGUUUAUUAAACAGGGCCGCGUGCAAGGUGUCAAGUUAGAAGGUGGAAAAGAGAUGGUGCCAACUAUUUCUAAAUUAACCCAAGCCGGCAUACCUGUUAUGGCGCAUGUCGGUCUCACACCUCAACGCCAGAAUUCCCUUGGAGGAUUUAGGGUCCAGGGGAAAACAUCGGAAAGUGCGAUGGGGGUUCUCGAAGAUGCACUAGCCGUCGAAGAAGCCGGAUGUUUCGCCAUGAUUGUAGAAGCUGUCCCGGCGGAGGUCGCCAGUAUCAUCACGCAGAAGUUGUCCGUCCCGACCAUCGGCAUUGGCGCGGGAAAUGGAUGUUCUGGCCAGGUGCUCGUCCAAGUCGACAUGACCGGAUAUUUCCCGCCAGGUCGUUUCAUUCCCAAGUUCGUGAAGCAAUACGGAAACGUGUGGGCGGAAAGCCUGCGAGCGAUCGAGUUGUACCGAGAAGAGGUAAAAUCGCGUCAAUAUCCAGCCAAGGAGCAUACCUACCCGAUUCCUAGGGAGGAACUAAAGGCGUUUGAAAAGGAAGUUGAGGAGCUAUAUCCCGAGGCCCCUGAGUCCGAUCCCUCACUAGGAGGCAUUUUUUGAUAAUGUAGAAUCCUCAGUUUGGAUUUACUAUAUCAGCGUGAGUAGGCGGGUGGGAAUUUUCAUGGAGAGCGUGUUCGUUAUGAA